AUUCACAAAUUUCUUGGUAUACCUUACGCUGAACCACCCAUAGGAAAGCUACGAUUCCAAAAGCCAGUUCCGAGGUCUCCACUUGAUGAACCUUUAGACGCCUUUAAUCACAGUAACGUAUGUCUUCAAAUGCUAGGACUAUUCGAUAGCAAAAGAUUAACUUAUGAUGAGGAUUGCCUGUAUCUAAAUAUCUAUGCACCUGAAAGAAAAUCAGAGGAUGAAUUGUUGCCAGUUAUGGUUUGGAUUUAUGGAGGUGGCUUUACUCUUGGAUUCUCUGACAUGUACAUAGGAGACCACUUGGCUACUCACGGAAAUGUAAUAGUGGUUACACUCAAUUAUAGAUUGUCGGUUUGGGGGUUUCUCACGACUGGGGACAAAAGUGCACCAGGAAAUUAUGGCUUAUGGGACCAGCAUAUGGCUAUAAAAUGGGUACAUGAUAACAUCGCCGCGUUUGGGGGAGAUACAGAAAAGGUAACAAUAUUUGGGGAGUCAGCCGGAUCGGCCAGUGUGAUGUAUCAAGCCCUAUAUCCUGGAAAUAAAGGACUUUUUCAUAGAGUUAUAGGUCAAAGCGGAAGUGUUGGUAACUUUUGGGGAACUAAUGAAAAGAAUUCAGAACAUGCAAAACAUCUCGGAGCUCUCGCUGAAUGUGAAACAGAAAACUCCGAAGCUUUAGUUUCUUGUCUACGAGAGGUGUCCGCUGAUCUGUUAGUAGAGUUUGUUAGUAAUGCAACAUAUGAAUUGAUUUCGUUUCCCUUUCCAUUUCUACCUACAGUUGAUGGCAAAUUUGUUACCACUGAUCCUAAACAUAUUUUUGAUAAAUCAGAUCUUCCAACUGAAGUCAAAGAAAUCUUUUCAAGCUUAGAUAUAAUGUCUGGUGUCAACUCGGGAGAAGGGAGUAUAGGUCUUAGUCCAUUUGCAGGAGUGGCUGAUGCCGAGGAAUUUUCACCAAACAAAACAUACUUUGAAGAAACUUUAGUUCCCUUGAUGAUAAAAAUCUGCCUUGGAGAGAAUGUACCCAGAAUUGCUACAGAUGCUGUGAUAGGGGAAUAUACAAAUUUGGAUAAUCCCGACGACUAUAAUAACGUAAAAGAAGAAUAUGUGUCCAUGUGGGGCGAUGUAUCGUUCAAUGGAGACUUGUACAAGACACUAAACAAGCAUUCAAAUGUAUCCACCAGUCAACAUACAUAUAUGUAUGUAUUCGAUGUUAACCCUGAAUUUAAUGGUUUUCUUGUUCCAGCUUCUUGGUUUAAGAAGCUUGGACAUGCGGGUGAUCUUCCUUUUGUGUUUGGAUUUAAGAACCCUGAUCAGCUUGAAGAGAUGUUCCAUGUUUCACCGUCGAGAUGGGAAGAACGCCUCUCUGCAGAUAUUAUGACCUUAUGGACAAAUUUUGCUAAAACCGGAAAUCCAAAUUCACCGGAAGACCUCGGGCUUGACUGGGUUCCAUACACGCGAAAACAUCAACAUUAUCUGCAAAUAUCACGUGAUAUGACGUUAUUGAAUGUGAAACAACGAUGGAAUACGCGAAGAGCUAAUUUCUGGACAAAUCUCCUGCCAAAUAUAAUAAAAUCGGCAGCUUGUAAAGCACAAAAAUAUUCUGAUCAUCUUAACAGAGGAACAUGCGCAAAGGACCAAAACUGUUCUCCUUAAAUAAACUCAAAACCCAAAACUUCACCUGAUGUCAAUGAAAACUGUGCAUUUAAAUUUGACCAUAUGUACAUGAUGUUUGGACCAAUCAAAUUUUAUGGAACGACAUUUGUAAACGUCUGUACCAGGAAAGCAUUUUGGCCUAAAUUCGAGUAAAGAGUAGUACGUUGUGUUUUGCAGAAAUACCUUUAUACCAUUCAAUCGAAAUUAUGGUUAUACAAGCAAAAUGGAAUAAGCAUUUAAAGCAAAGUUAUUUUGUUUUGUUUUAUUUGAAAUAUUGGUAUAUAUAAGUAUGAAUUUCAAAAGGAUUUUUCUCGUUACAUUUGCAAUUUCAAGCGAUAAAGGAAAGAUCGUAAAUAAACACAUUACAUGUAUAUAUAUAUAUAUAUAUAUUUGCAAAAUAAAUUAUUUUUGAAUGUUAAAA